AUGGCUGGCGCAGGCUCUUGUCUCUUUGCCAAAUCUCUUCAAGAUCCAGUUUCGAGCGACGUCACCGAUAAUCAAGCCCCAAUGAGGUUCCAAUCAUCAACCACGACUGGUCGCCGGGAACUUCUUCUUGCACCACGAACAGCACAACCUCUAUUCCAACUAUAUCAUGGAUUAUCUGGGUCAAGAAACCGCGAAAUAUUCUCUGCGGCAGCUCUGAUGCUCAAAGACGUAUCGACGCUGAGUGUUUCAACGAGAAGCUACAGAGAUGAAGUCGUUAUGGCCGAUUUUCUCCGCGUACUACCCGGCGUGGAAAAUCUUGCGCUGCUUUUCCCUGAGCUAUUUCCAGUCAGAGUAAGACCUUACCUCGAUGCCAUGAAGAUCAGGGUUUUGCGCAGCCUAAGACUGUCGCAUUGUAAGGCCACGGCGUCUGAAUUCGUCGAUCUAUGUAAGAUACAUUCACGGACGCUGAAAGAACUCCAUUUCCAGGAUCUCUCUUUGAUGGAGGGACAUGUCGAACCCUUUUUCGAAUCCAUAUCGGAUAUCCUCCUCACCUGGGAGCAAUUUACUCUCAAAGGCUACUUGGUGGAGUUGGAAAAUGAAACAUCCAUCACUCCUCAAGGGUUGGACACACCGGGACCUCAAGAAUCAAAUCUGUGCACGACAGGAAUCUGCUAG